AUGGUGCCGAUCAAAUUUCGAACUACUACCAUUGGCGACUACUGGACUAACAACGACAAUCGGUAAGUUGGCUGACAGCGAGUUCGCUACAAGAUUUAUCAGUUUUCAGCUGGAACAUCGAACUUGGUAAGCAUCGCCACAAGCACUUCUUCUUCAACACGGCAGCUAUCGGAAUGAACCUCGACGAAGGCUACCCCACCUUUGAGAACGAACACGGCAACGAGCGUCUCGAAGGCAUUCUCGCGUUCAUCAUGAAGACUGCAAGACUUGGAGUUCCAUUGAGAGAGGUGAUCACGUUUCCUUUCGAAAUGUCAUCGUCAUGUGCAAAUAAUGCAGAUGGUGCAGGCGGACUUCGUCUGUCGUCGCGGACUUCUCCGCAACCUCGCGAUCAACAGAUUCAACCACACUAUCAUCACUUUCUAUGCCGUCCGUCAUCGUGGAGUCAUCUUUCUCUGCGAGGACAAGAACUUCGGAGAAAUUCCUGACAAACUGCGUCGUGCCAUGUACUUCAAUCUCAAAUAUGAGAAUGUUAUGACGCUGCCGGUGAGUGAUAAGCACAUGUGUAGGAGAAAUUGAAAAGCGUUACUCAUCACAGCAAGUGAGAAGUCUGACGGCGUCGAAGAAAGAGGAAACGAAAACGGUGAUUCAUGCGUCGCUCGAGAAGGAGGGAGCCGAGCCAAUUCGCAUUUACUACGCGGCCGAAAUCGACUGUCUUGACAGUGGUGAGCACAGUGUAAUGUAAUUGGAAUGGAAACUAAAGCAAUACGAUUGCAGAUGGGACUCCAAUCGAAUUGAAGUCGAUCAGCAAGCCACUGGAGGCCGGCUGGGACAAAAGCCGCAGCCUUGCCUGGUACAUGCAGUGCUUCCUGGGAAAAGUGCCAAAAAUCGUUGUCGGACAGAGACAGAGAAACCGUCUCAGAGCGGUACAUCAACAGUAUAUCAGAUCCUGACUAUCAAAAAUUAGUUUCAGUUCCGCAUUGUCGAAGCGGAACAAGUGCGCAUUCACAACCCGCACACCUGGACCCUCGAGGGAUGCCUCGAACAGCUGCAUUCUGCACUUUCCUUCGUGAAGAACUACAUGCCGAUCGAUGGAUACGCCUACAAGUUCACCGCGGUCCACGGCGCCGUUCACGUCUCCACUACCGAGUUCGGGAGUUACAUCGUUCCGGAAAACUUCCUCCGCAUCUUUCCUUUUUAG